AUGGCUUCUACCCCGCCUCCUACUUCCUCCAGCCCCGCCAACUCAGCGCGGAAAGUCUUCACCGUUGGUACGCGCAAGUCCAAACUUGCUCUUUCCCAGACAGAUCUGGUUGUUGGAGCUCUCAGGAAGAUAUGGCCGGAUUAUACAUUUAAUAUCCAUUCUCAGGAGACUGCAGGUGACCAAAAUACUACCAUCGCCCUCCGUGAAUUCACCACCAAGAAUCUAUGGACUCAGGAGUUGGAGGAGCUUCUAAUGGCCGGUCAGGUGGACUUCAUCGUUCACUCACUGAAAGAUGUUCCCACCCUUCUACCCCCCUUAUGUACCUUAGCCCCCACAAUGAAGCGCGAGGAUAGCAGAGAUGUUCUGGUGAUAAAGAAGGGUUUACCCAAUAUGAGCCUGUCCGAAAUGCCCGCAGGAUCUGUUGUGGGCACUUCCUCGAUCCGUCGCACUGCUCAAUUGGCUCGUCGAUACCCUCACCUGAAAAUUAUGGAUGUCCGCGGUAACAUUGGUACACGAUUGGCCAAGCUAGACGCGGAGGACAGCCCAUACACUUGUAUCAUCCUGGCCGCUGCCGGUCUACUGAGGCUGGAUCUGCAGGACCGCAUUUCCCAGUACCUUGAUUCGAAGAAUGGAGGAAUGCUGUACGCCGUGGGGCAGGGUGCCCUAGGUAUUGAAAUUCGGAAGGACGACCAAAUUAUGCAUGAUAUGCUGCGUCGCAUCAGUGAUGAGGAUGCCACAUACGCUUGCUGGGCCGAGCGUAGCCUGUUGCGAACCCUCGAGGGUGGCUGCAGUGCACCACUAGGUGUUGAAACAGAAUGGGUUCAAUUGCCUGAUGGCUCGCGGAAAUUGAGAAUGAGGUCUAUCGUAGUUAGUGUUGAUGGCAACGAAGAAGCGAAAAUUGAAAUUGAUGGGGCUGUUGACUCGGCGCAAUCGGCCGAAGAGUUUGGCGUUAUGGUGGCCAAGGAAUUGGUAGUCAAGGGAGCAGGGAAGAUCCUGGAAGAUAUCCAACAAAACAAGCUCAAGCAAACUUCUUAG